AUCCACCCAAAACCCUCCCCCCAAGCUUUUUGCUGUGCCUUGCCUUUUCGUUUGCUUACCUGUACCUUAUUUGUCCAAAACUGCCUCAUUGUUGCUCACUCUUACUCUCACUCACUCACGCACUCUCUUGCAUCACACCGUCAUUUGAGAACUUUCUUUCACAAUGGUCAAAUUCUCAGACUACUCCGUUCGCGCUUUGGCUAUUUGGACGAGCCACUAUAUGACUUCUGCCGAAGCUCGAGUUGCUCAAGUUGCCAACAGCCUCGCUGCGCGUCAAGCCAUGAUGACUGCCAACUACACUCUGCCACCGCUGGGCUACGCCUACGAUGCCCUCGAGCCAUACUUCGACGCCCAGACCAUGGAGAUUCACCACUCCAAGCACCACCAGACCUACGUCAACAACCUGAACGCCCUGUUGAAGGACAACGAGAUCUCGGCCUUGGCUGUCGAUGACCUCGUCACCCGACUGGGAGAACUCCAGGACAAGAUUCCCGAAGUGAACCGCACCGGUGUGCGAAACAACGCAGGUGGCCACAGCAACCACAGCUUCUUCUGGAAGUCAUUGAAGCUCAACACCGUACUCGGAGGAGACUUGAAAACCGCCAUUGAGAAGGAUUUCGGCAGCGUCGAUGCGUUCAAGACGCAGUUCGAGGCCGCUGCCACCAAGGUCUUCGGAUCCGGCUGGGCCUGGUUGGUGGACCAGAGUGGUACUUUGAAGAUUGUGUCCACUCCCAACCAGGACUCGCCACUCAUGGGCAAGGCCAUCUCGGGCACUGAGGGAACCCCCAUUAUUGGUCUGGAUGUGUGGGAGCAUGCUUACUACCUCAAGUACCAGAACCGACGUCCCGAUUACAUCAAGGCCUACUGGAGCGUCGUCAACUGGGACUUUGCUGGUCAACGAUACGCGGAGGCCAUGUCCAAGUGCUAGGCGGGAGGAUUGUAGUAGGGGACAAGCUACCUGUUGAACUGGUCCCUGGGGGAACUACUAAGGUAGAGCUGGUAUCUUAAGUUCGUGGCUUCCCAAAGAUUUUGCUUCCCAGUUUCGACACUUUCUUGACGUCUCGAUACGUCAAACUGAUUCUCGUGCUUCGUAAAUUCUUGCCUCCAUUGGCUUCGAUAAUCGUCGGAUUGCCGAGUAGUUUCCAGUUUGCAACCGUAUCGCCAUUCAGACCAACAUCUUCGGAAACUUCUGCUAUCCCGUGAAGCGUCUGCGUAUAGGCUUGACCAGUCGUGACCAAAAGUGAUCUCGGCUCCUGCACAAUUCGCCACGAGGUUGGCCGUGUGUCAUCAUCAUCAUCAUCGCACUUCUGCCUCUUCUUCUCAGUCACGUCGAGAACAAGCGUUCCACAGAGACUGACAGUCGCCACGACGGGAUGAUAAGCCGCGCCAUCCUCGUGCGGCAUAAUGCCUUGACCAGGAAGAUACUCAUUGAUCAAGCAGUGAUUAAUGCCAUGUGGAGCAUCCGAGAACAAAUCGAGACCAUGGAUACGUUCAACCACCGGUUUGACCAGCCAGUCCGGAAGAGGCGUGGAGGAAACUAAGGUAUUUGUUGCUGUGGUGAGUUGUGCCGGAAUGGUUUGCAGUCGUCGAUGGCGAAGCGUGACCCAUCGGUUGGCAGGAAUCUUUUGGAGAAUUGUUGCUUCUUCUUCUGCGCUGAUGAAAUUUGGAAUGUAGAACAUCGAGUCGGGGAC